GAGUGAGGUCUCAUCCCGUUGAUUAGUAUUGGUUUUCUUUUAGUUGCAAGAACCCAUUAAAACCCAGAAAUAUGCCAUUUAGAGAGCUUGGUCAUCUGGCUAAAGCUCAGAAGGAAGGUGAUGUUGUGAAAAAGAAGGUUGAUUCUGCCAUUAAGGAAAGUGAGAAGUCUAUCAAAAACUUAAAGCUGAAAGAUAGAGAAGCUAAACUUACAGAAUUAUAUUCAAGGUGUUCUGAUGCCAGUACAGAAGUGUCACAAUUGCUGGUCACUGUUAAAGAACUGAAAGAGGAAGAUGAACCAAAAGCUAUUAAGGGAUUUGACACCAAAAAAACCAAUGAAAUUAAACGUCUGGAACAGUUUAAGACAAGACUUGAAGCUGCCCUAGCCAACUUUCCAGAAGAAGUCAGACCUGACGUAGAGAAACCUGGUGCUGAUAACGAGGAAGAGGAGGAAGAUGAUGGAGAAACUGGAGAGGAAGAGGAUGAGGACGAUGAAGAAGAGGAUGAUGAUGAAGAUGACGAAGAGGAGAGUGAAGAAGGGGAAGACACAUUGGAGCAGCCAGCCCAACCAAGUGGUGGUAAACAGAAAUUAGAGGUCAAAAAUGAAGACAAUAAAGCAGAAGUAAAGGCAUCCAUAAUGAAGGGAAAACAGGAAGAUGAAGAUGAUGACAAUGAUGAAGGUGAUGAAGAAAAUGAUGAGGAUGAAGAGGAUGAUGAAGAAGAAGAUGAUGAUGAUGAGGAUGAAGAAGAGGAUGAAGAAGGGGAAGAUGAUGAUGAAGAGGAUGAAGAAGAAGAGGAGGAAGAAGAUGAAAUGGAAUUCUCAUCAACUAUGAGAUUAUUUGAAGCUAUCAGUGACUAUGAGAAAGAGCAGCCAGAAGACCUGAGCUUCAAAAAGGGGGAGAUUCUCACCAUUGUCAACACAAGUGAAGAUGGCUGGUGGGAGGCUGUUAAUAAAAAUGGCGACAAAGGAAUUGUCCCAAAAACCUAUCUCAAGUUACAUAAUAAAUACAAGCAUUUGCAAGAGACAGAAACUUUGGAGGCAGAUGAAGUUAUAACCCCUACUGGCAAGAGAAGUGCAAAGGAGCUGUGGAAAGGUAUCAAGACAGCUUUAACAGAGACAAGUGUGUCGGAUGUACUCCAUGCUAUGGGAGCAAUCCCAUCUGGGUUUAGACCAUCCACGCUGGCCCACAAGUUCAAGGAUGAGUUCCACAGAAUGAAGCACUUCUUGGCCCCCAAACUCAGCACAUCUAAUGUGACAUAUAGAGACCUCUUCAUAGAUCCAUCCAGAAACAGGAUUCGUGAGCGAACCGUGUGGAUAGAGAAGACAGUAACGUUGACUGCGUGUCGUCAAAUUCCUCCUCCAGGAGCUGGACUAGAAGUAAUUGACAGACGUGUCCGAGUUUGUUUGUUUGAUGGGGAAAAUAUAUUGAGCAACAUCCACUGCAUUCAAGUGUCAAGUGUUGACAGAUCUCAACGCACCUGGAACUUCUCUACAAAAUUGACAGAUAACAUGGACACAUUUAAACAUGCAGAGAUUUUUGUGCGGACUUCACACAAUGUUUCAAACCUGGAGUUGCUGUUUGAGCUCUCUAUUGUUUAUGAAAGGACGAGCACAGGUGAGAGAGGUGAGCUUAGCUGUGGAUGGUCAACCUUACCUCUAGUGGAACCUGACGGCUCCUGUGUAGUCAACAGGGGAUAUGAUAUGUAUGUUAAUGGUGGGACCCCGUAUGAACAUGGAGUGGAAGUGGACCCCAGCAUCAGCAGAAGAGCUGCCAGCAGUGCCCUAAUGUCCCUAGUGUCUGGAAACAAACAGCCCCGCAUUGUGGCCAGGGUGAGCGCCAUGAAACAGUACCAGAAAGAAUGGCUAGAGACAUUGCCUGACACGAUCAUUGGGAGCACCUGUUUGCUGAAUUUCUACGCCUACUACAGACAUUUGCUGGCUGAUAACCUGAUCAGGGAGAGAAUUGACCUGGAUUCAACAGAGCCUAUACACAGCCCUGUACUGGUCAAUUUCCCCAUUGUAGCUGACCAGCUUGACAUCAUGACCUUCUUCAGGGAGUGCUGGCAGGAGCAGGUGAAAAAAGUGAGCUACUCUGACAAGCGUGAUGAGGAGUAUGUGAAGAGUCUGUUCCAGAAGGUGUUCAUGGAGAGUGUGUACCCUGUGAUGAUGUCAGCCAGCAUCCCAGCCUACAAGGAGGAAGACCCGGAUGUGGCCAAGGAGAGGCAGCAGGAGAUCAGGAGGUUUAAGCUGUUCAAACAGGACCAUAAUUCUAUGCUGGCUGCAUUGUGCUCUCAGGAAAUCAACUUCCUGCCAUUCCAGAUGUCUGAGGUGUCCUUCAGUGUCAUAGGACGUCACUGUCUGGAUAGACCAAUACAUGUGAAAGCGUCUUGAUGUUCGUGAAUGAACAUAGAAGGCUGCGUGAUCCGUCCUGAUGCUGAAAUUCUGUCACCUAUAUUGAGGUACAGCUUUGUAUCUUAUAUCAUUGAUGAAGGUUACAACAUGGUAUCCUGUAAUUGUACACUUAUUGGACAACAUAUUUGCAGAACAUGCACCAGGUAUUUUACUGACUUGUUGUACAUGUAACUAUGCUACAUGUUUUAUUUAUUAAGUCUUUAUUAGAAAAUGCUCUUGAAUGUUUGUGUAUAAAGGUGACAAGAUCUAUACCUGUAAACUAGACUGUGAUAUUAGAAUGGCCUGUGACAUUAUCACUUGCUUGUUACUGCAGUAACUAUUUUACCAAGUUUAAUGGUUCGUAAUACUGGAAUCUGAUGAGAGCAUUUCUUAUUUCCGUAUAUAAGAUUUUUAAGUAGGUUAGUGUAGAUCCUGCGGUAAUAGUGGAUAAUAUUCUUCAGUCGUCAGUGGUGUAUAUUACAUUAAACCUAUUUUUAUUGACGUAGAAAGUGAAGAAUUUUGCCAUAACUCAUAGAUUUAAGCUGCCAGACAGCAAAGCUAUUUUGGUGCACUUUUAUAGACAUGUUCUACAAUAAAAAAUCACACGAAUUUAGUAAGAGAAUUUUUCCUGUUUGUGCAUCAGAAUCCAUGCUCAUUGUAUCAAUGUCAGAAGGUCCGUCCAUCAAUAAAGUCCGUACAUUGA